AUGAUUGAUAUUGAAAUUUCACAAGCUAUUACACAUAUAUGGAAUAAUAAAUUCGAUCAGGCAGAGUUGUUAUUAAUGCCAAAAGUUUCAACAAAUCCAAGAUAUUGUUUACAUUAUGCGGAAUCAGCUUUUCUUAGAUCGUUUAUCACUGCAAGUUUGGAUGAUACAGAGCUGGCUUUAAGAAGAUUAAAAGACACGAAAGAUUUGGCCGAAUCCUACAUCAAACUGUUGGAAUCCAAUAAAUGUCCACCAGGUUACAAAGAUUUGAAAUCAAAAGAAGAAUUUAAAAAUCAUUUAUUAGAUUGUAAAGUUGUACUUGGAGAUUCAUUAUAUAUGUUGGCAGUUUUACAAAUCACAAGAGAUUCUAAAUUCAAAGGAUGUUUCAAUAUGAGAAAGAGUUGGAAAGUAUUUGAGGAGGCAUUGAAGCAAGUCAAGGAUGGUUUGAAAUACGAUGACCAACUGCUUGAGUGUCUACAUUUUGGUGCGGGUUUCUUUUUCUUUGCCAUGUCAAUCAUUCCACAGAAGUUUUUGAAGAUCGUGGAAUUCGUUGGUUUCAAAGCAGACAGAGAGCUGGGACUACAGUAUAUCCGUGAGUGUAGUAGCUUCAACUCCACCGGUAUUCGUUCGCCUUUUGCCACCAUGGUGUUGUUGUUCAACAAUCUCUUGCUGCCAAGAGGUCUAUACAAUCCAGCCAAGCAGCUGAGAGAAGCAGAGAUCCUCCUGGAGGAAAACGUUCAGCGUUAUCCUGAGGGUUCGCUUUUCCACGUUAUGAUGAGCCAUUGCCACAGAAAACAAUGUAGAAUCGACAAGGGACUUGAAUGUAUGGAACAGGCAAUUGCAAAUUGCAGCAAUUUCCAACGUCCACCUGCUAUCUAUAGUUAUGAACUCGCCAAUUGCUACUAUCUCGCCAAACUCGAGAAGAAAUACGCCGAGAUGGCGUUGGAUACUCUCGUCAAGAUUGCGGCAUCGCGCAACGUCCUCACACCAGUCAAACUUGCAAGCUCCAACGGUAGUGGUGGCCAAUCUCAAAGCAGUAGUUUCCUCAGUCGUACAUUCUCAUUUGGUUCCAGUAAGAAACAACAACAACAACAACAGUCAACCAUCGAUGAAGUAGCUACACCGGAAACUAUCAAUGAUCGCGCUGCAUACUUAAUGCUGCGUGGCGCCAUACUCAAAGGAAUAGAUCGCGUCGAAGAAUCGAUGGUUUGCUUCGAGGAGGUGAUCGGACUACAAGCCCAUCUCACCGAGAAAUUCUACUAUCCCUACUGUCUAUAUGAGAUGUCCGAGAGUCAUUUCCACCUGAAGAACCACGAACUCUCGCUCGACUACCUUAAGCGUUGCAACACCGUCACUGGCUACGACUGGGAAGAUCCACUAAAAGUACGUCUUCGUGUGACAAUGGAUCAAAUCAAGAAAGAUGGUGCCGGUUCCGAUUGGGGUGAAGAAGCUGAAGAAGUGGAAUCAACAACAGAUCAUCAUCAUCAUCAUCAACAACAAUCUCCAGCUAUUCCAAAUUCGACAAUAACUCAAUUGGAUACUUUAUCCAUUAAUUAA